AGGCGGCGGCGGCGGCGGCGGCCGGCGCGAGCGGCAGCAGCGGCACCGGCUCCGGGCCAGCCCAGCGCGCAUCCCCGGGCGUCCUGCGCCGCGGAGAGCUUGGAGGGCCACAGGAGCCGCACGACAGGAGUGGACAAAGCAAGAUGGCAGGGAUCUUAGCUUGGUUCUGGAACGAGAGGUUUUGGCUCCCGCACAAUGUCACCUGGGCAGACCUGAAGAACACGGAGGAAGCCACCUUCCCGCAGGUUGAGGACCUCUAUCUCGCCUUCCCCCUGGCCUUCUGCAUCUUCAUGGUGCGGCUUAUCUUCGAAAGAUUUGUAGCCAAACCAUGUGCCAUUGCCCUCAACAUCCAGGCCAAUGGACCACAGAUUGCCCAGCCAAAUGCCAUUCUGGAAAAGGUCUUUACAGCAAUUACAAAGCAUCCAGAUGAGAAAAGGUUGGAAGGCCUUUCCAAACAACUGGACUGGGAUGUUCGAAGCAUUCAGCGCUGGUUUCGACAGAGACGCAACCAGGAGAAGCCCAGCAUCCUCACAAAGUUCUGUGAGAGCAUGUGGAGAUUUUCAUUUUAUGUCUAUAUAUUUUCCUACGCAGUCCGGUUCCUGAAAAAGACUCCCUGGUUGUGGAAUACAAGGCACUGCUGGUACAACUAUCCCUACCAGCCACUGACAACUGACCUUCACUACUAUUACAUCUUGGAGCUGUCAUUUUAUUGGUCUUUAAUGUUUUCCCAAUUCACGGAUAUCAAAAGGAAGGACUUUGGCAUUAUGUUCCUGCACCACCUUGUAACUAUUUUCUUGAUUACCUUUUCAUAUGUCAACAAUAUGGCCCGAGUAGGAACCCUGGUCCUCUGUCUUCAUGACUCAGCUGAUGCUCUUCUAGAGGCUGCCAAAAUGGCGAAUUAUGCCAAGUUUCAGAAAAUGUGUUCUCUCCUAUUUAUUAUGUUCGCCAUGGUUUUUAUCACCACACGGCUGGGAAUAUUUCCACUCUGGGUGUUAAAUAGCACAUUAUUUGAAAGUUGGGAGAUCGUUGGACCUUACCCUUCCUGGUGGCUGUUUAACCUACUGCUGUUGCUAAUACAAGGGUUGAACUGCUUCUGGUCUUACUUGAUUGUAAAAAUAGCUUACAAAGCUAUUUCAAAAGGCAAGGUGGCUAAGGAUGAUCGAAGUGACAUUGAGUCCAGUUCAGAUGAGGAGGAUUUGGAGCCUCCAGGGAAGAAUCCCCAUACUACAACCACCACUAACGGGACCAGUGGUACCAACGGGUAUCUCCUGACUGGUUCUUGUUCCAUUGAUGAUUAAUAAUUCAAAACUAUAAGUCCCGAACAAAGUGAACUAUUUGUUCCUGGAAGUAUUUAAUAAGUUGCAAAUGCAGUUCCUUUCAUAAUAUCUCAUCACCUGAAACAAAAAUUAGGAUUAUUAAAGCAUUUUGAAUAGUGCACUGCCAUAUGUCCUGUCUGUGAAUGAAGAAGAAAUACCAUUCUCUCUAUGUAGGCAUGCUGUAUGUAACUGACACAAGGGAACAGUAUUUGCAUUUGUACUGUCUUAGAAUAUUAUUUAUUUAUUUGUAUUUGUUUGUAAAUCUGUGGACAAGAGGGUUUCCUCAUUUCUUUUACUCUCUGGGCUCAUGACAGUGAAAGAGGUGCUUCCUCUGCUUCGACCCCUCUCUCUUGCUACAGUCUCGUGUUCUGUGGGCUUAGUUUGUCAGUUAGAUCCUGCAAAAUCCUCACACAGCGCUAGUAGAUUGGCUUUCUUUGUGUUAUUAUUUAUUGUGCCCAUCUUGAAAUUGCCUCCACCCGUUGUGAUGACCGUUCUUCCAGUGGAAGUUUGAACAGAAGGAACUAGGUUUUUAAAUUGUUACUCUUCAUGGUCAAUUAGCAGUACAAAUGGAAGAGGGUGGUUCUCGGGAGAGUUAUUGGAAUUUGGUAUGAAAUCGAUUUAGAGUAGAUUUCAUUUCUUGUGCACACAGCCAAGAUCCCUCAAGUAUCAUUGUGGGCUGAGUUAACCUUGGAGGUUAACCUCAAUUUGAUUUAAUUCUCUAGGAAGAGGUUGGUGUUCUGACUCAGAAGUAAUGUAAUUUGCUUUAAGUUCAUCAUUAUAAAGAAAUUAUUCUUCAUAUGAGGAAUUUAUCCCAUGUUCUGGGAACAACAUAAGGACAGAAACUCUUAACAGCCAUGUUUGCCACUGCUCCUUAUAAUUAGCACAGUGUUCUGUCAUAUCACAAAAAAAGAAGCUAAAUAUAUUUUAAGGUAGAACAAAGGAAUCUUCCAAGAGUUGGCAAAGCUGUCCUCCAAGGCAAAGCACCUUACUGCUACCAACAGCUCUCAAGAAAAAACCCUCUCUAGUAUUUGACUUGAUGUUAUCAUUUUGCUGAGCAAAAGAAAGCCGGUGGUAAAAGACCUGUUUUACCAUUGCUUUUCUUGGUAAAGGUCAUUCACAAUGAUUGAAGCUGCUCAGUUUCUAGUAACUCUACAUCCAAUUCAUUUCCUUCUUUGAAGAGUUGUGAGGUGUACAUGAAUCUUUGUUCAACUGGAGGUAUUUCCAGAACAACAGACAUUAUACUGGAUAAUGAUAAUAUCAACAUGAAAGAAAAUUACUGAAGGAUAAUAUAUAUAAGCUUGCAUAAGCUUCCUACGUGUAGCAGUGUUUCUUAUGAAUGCAUAAAAGCAUCAAGUAAGCCAAAGAUUUUACCUCUUAUCCGUUUUAGCAAAAGGGAAGUAAUAGGAUUACAAAUAUUUAUAGGUCAAAAAUUUUAUUGCCUAAAACAGGAAUCCAAAAUAAAAAUGUAGUGAAAAGAAUGUGUGGUCAGAACACAGUACAGACAACAGCAGAAUAUUAGAGAUAAUUCAAUUUGUUUUGGAAAAAAUUAAAUUCAGGUGCCCACAUUUUUCAGCCUAUGAGUUAAUAGUGAACAGAAAAUUCCCGAAAAUCUUUCAUGCAAUAUUAGAUCUUUCUUCAUCCACUUCCAAAAUAUAGUGUUCCUGGUAUUGUCCAUGGUAGUUCUGGAAGAGGCUUUGAAGUAUGUCUGCUUGUUUAUAUAGAAAACAAUUAAUUCUGCUUGUAGAGUCUUACUAUUUUAUUUCACAAAACAGGCAUAUGCAUAGGAGUGUAACUGGUGGAUAGUUGAAUUUGUGAAAUUAGUUGAGUUUGUGAAAUACUGGAAGUAUUUAGUCAUCAGAACACCUGUUCAAGUGCAGAUGUACUAAAAGUAUCAAAUAUAUUGUAGCUGAAAACUUUGAGAAGGUGUUAUAAAUAGGAUACAGAGUAUAUGUUAGCCUCAUUCUAGUUUCUGGGCAAGUUUUCCUGAUAGGUGAAAUGAACUUGAGGACCACAGAGAGCUCAAGUUUAAAACACAUAGCAUGCUUUUGCCCAGGAGAGUAACCUCAAAAUCAACUGUAAAUUCAAGAUUCAGAAGAAAUGUAUAAAAUCAAGUAAGUUGAUUCCAUCUUUAGUUAAAGGCAGAUCCAAACAAUGUUUUGUUUUUCUCAGAAAUAAUUUAGAAGAAGGACUAGGAAUACUCUGUUUUUCUGAGUGUCUAUUUAACUGAGACAUUUACUUUCUGCAGUCUUUUUCAUGUCUACAGAUUUUAUUUCAUUUUACACUUUCAGGCAGAGUUCUUUGGGGUAAUUUAAAUGGAUUGUUGUAGGCUUUUCCUGGCAUAGAAUCGUCUUAACUCUGACUACUGUUCUUGCAUGGUGGCCCAAUUAGACUGAGAGAGAGACUGUGUGAGGAAUCUUAUCCACCUGUGCCCGGCCAUAGCUUUUGGAGGUGUAUUGUAUAAAUUAAACUCAGCUAUAGGAUAGUGAGAGUAUUGUUCUUGUUAAUUAGCCUGUGGUGAAAUCUCCCUUGUGAUCACACUCACACCUUUCCUAGGUGAGAAGAGAUAUGUAGAAAGGACACUAGAAAAAGUAACCUUGCUUUCAUAGCUUUUCUAGAUCUCUUAGAGAGGGAGAAAAGUAGAAAAGUCAAAUAGAAUUUGGCCUUGAGUCAAUAAGUGAUGUAAAAGUAUGUGAUCUAUGUAUGUGUGUGUAUAUUUCUCCCAAACUGGAUAAAAACCAGUAUCAAUGACUCAUCUUCAUUCAUAUUCUCAUCAUACAUACCAUCCAUCACCAUCCCCUUCACUUUUACUCCCCACACAGUUGAGAGUAUUGGAACCUGUUCAGCUUUUAGCCACAGAACAACUAAGGUCCAGGUCAUAGACGACCUGAGGUGACACAGAACCCAAUACAGUUCAAAUUCCCAAACUCAGCCCUGUGGAUGUUGAGAUUAGAAGAGCAAUCUGUCAGUAUUUUAGACUAUUCAAAUGUUUGUUAUAAAAAUGAAAUUGACAUCAAUGAACCACAGAGUUUUAUUAAUAAUCACUGCUGGGCUUCCAGACAGAUGUUGUCCUGAGAGAUAACUAGAUAAUGUCACAGGCAUCUGACAAAGAUGAAUGAGACAGAGAAGAAAAGCAAGAAACAAGAUCAGAUCAGAUUAUCUCUAGUCAAAAAUUACAGGUGAGCCUCAAAAGACCCCAGUUAUGUUAACAAACUUCCUUCUCUGAGUCAGUUUUUCUAAUCUGAAUUGUAUAAUGAUGUUUCAGUUGAUGGUGAACUGCAUAUAUUUCUGUGGUCCCAUUGGAUUAUAAUACAGCCUAGGCAUAUGGUAGUUUAUACUUUAGCCUAGGUGUAAAUUCAUUCAAUCAUACUUUAAACAGAACCACCUAGUAGCACAUUUCUCCCUGUUGUUUAGUGACAAAUGGUUAUAUUUGAUUGAGUUUGAAUUUGAACAAACAAAAAAGAGUCUGAAUAUUCACUUCUGUAUUUCAAUCUCAUUGCUAUUUGGGCUGAAUAAGAAAAGAGGCUUUAUCUCAGCUUUUGUGAGUCUUUGUUAAAGAGCUCUCCAGAGAGAAAUUUAUAGAUAUGAUUAUCCCUAAGCUGCUCAUAAUUUUGCAUUAGUAGUUAUUUUGGAAAUAACUAUUUUUGGAAAUGCCAAAAUUGCCUGAAUAUUUGAGUGCUUUUCUUAAUUUGAAGUAUAAAAAAAUAUAAAGAAUAACUUCCAAAGUGUUAAAAAGUUCUCUUUAUCGGUAUAUGUGGUGAUAUCAUUAUAUUUAGAGAGACUUAAAGAAAUCCUUUGGAAAUGAAAGGUUAAAUGUUUACAUUUUAUGCAUUAUUUGGAGUAUUAUGGUUCUAAUCACUGAGCCCCCCCCCAAUCUUUGGGUAAUUUCUGCUUUGUAGAUAAAUGACCCUAGUCCAGAAAGACUUCUAAUAUUCAUAUAAGAAAGAAAUGAGAUCAUAUUUGACCUGAUGGAUCAGUGAUGAUAUGAUGCUCUGUGACUUGUAUAGAAAAGGAAAUGCUUCAAGAAUCUCUCAUUAUUGUACUUGCUAUCCAGCAUACUGGGAAAAGAGUGACAUAAUGAGUUUGCUGAUCACAAACAGUUCUUAAGGAAAAUGAAGAAAGAUUUUCCUUUUCUUAAACAUAUUGUUGUCCCCAAGUCAGCUUUGGUUUCCCUUGGUGAAAUCAUGCCAUUCCCAAAUUGUGAUAGGUCAUAGAAGGACCAUUAACCUUGGUAUGCAUGAUGCUCACCUAUCCCUAGGGGGCGGUCAGUGGAUGCUGAGGAGCCCUGGGCAACUCUGCUGCUCUAAUUUCUCUAAUACUAAAAGAUCACAUACCUGAUGCAUUUUUUGUUAUGAAGAAAAUUGAAACAACCUAAGUAUUACCACGAGAUCAGAAGACAGCCAAAAGGAAAGCCUUAGUCUUUUCCAGGUGUUUGUAACUUGAAUUCAGCACAAAGCCUUUGAAGAAAAUGUAUUACCAAUAAUUUUUUAUGUGACCCUACUGGGUCAAAGAAACUUAAAGUGUUUGUAGCGAGGUAGUACGUGGCUUCUCCAGGAAAUGGGGCAUUCUCAUGAUUGCAUAGAAAGAGAUGGAAGGAGCCUGUUAGCUUCACAUCUGUCUCAAUUAUCUCACAUUCCUUCAAACCUUCUAGAACUCUUAACAAAAAGGAAGACAGGAGAAAGCCAGCUUUAAGUUUCCCAGUAAUGUCUCCCUACCUGGUCCCAACUUUAUGAGCAAAAACAACAACAAAGAAAAAAUAUCAUGUUUGUGUAUAUAUGUUUCCCUAACACAGAUUUACAAACAUUUGGCUUCUUUUGUUGGUGUCUGUUAUGUAGCCUGAAAACCAGGAACAUCAGCUAUUAAUUAUGGAUUCUGUGUUGGGUAAAAUAAUUAAAUUUCAUGCUGAUUUGGUAUUUUUUAUCUUCAAUAAUUGUGUGAAAGAGUCUAUAUGACUGCUCUUAAAGAUAAGGAUUUUUAAAGAUUAACUACAAAAAAAUUAGCUCUCCAAUAGGAGCAGUUGUGUGAUGCUUUUGGAAUUUGAAGUUUUAUUAAGUGUGGAAAAGAGCCUCCAGCUUUUAUUUUCCUAAGGUUCGUAAGACCCGGAAGCUCAGAGCCGGUCCUCUCGUUGCUCACACCACCGUCAUUUUGUCACAGCCAUUUGUCGUCAUGGAAGGGGGUGAUGGUUAGGUUUUGAAUUUGAUUUUUUUUUCAACUUUCAGUGAGAAAUAGGAUAGGUAAUAGAACCUUACUUGUUUUGUAAAGAAAAUUCAGUACUUGAGCAUCUCUGUCAGAAAUGGAAUGAUGUACUGUUAACCAAUUAGAAUUAUUUCAUUUGUUGUUGUUGCGUUUUGCUGAUUUUUUCUAUGAAAAUGUAAUUAUUCAUUCUUGAUCUCUGGAAGCAAUCAUUAUUAUGAGGAUCAUUUUACUUUGGAAACACUUUCAUAAUAAAGAUAAGUGUUAAGCGUA